AUGUCCCGCGUCCACCCAUACCGCGUUGCGACCCGCGCCAGCCUCCGCCGCACGCAGAGGCGCUCGGAACCAGGACCCAGGAUGGCGCUCAGCCUUCAUCGCCGCCUCGCUCAUCAGCGGCAGACGGUGGAGUAUUUAUUCUCGCGAGCCCCUUUCGAUUGGUGUGCGCCGCGGCGCAACGCCGACGCGAGAGACGCGCGCGAGAGAGCAUCGCGCUUCGCGGCCGACCUGGCCGCGCUGGCCGAUGGCGAUGCGCCGUCGCCCAGCAGGCUUGGUGGCCGGAGACCGAGACCCCCCAUGUUGCGCAACGUCGCCGUGUUGGCGCUCGCAACCAUCGCUGCCGGAUUUGGUCCAGCAGCGAUCAUUCGUGAGCCCGACGACGCGCUUGACCAAACGAUGUGCGCGGAACCUGACGCGCCAGCAGAGACCAUCGGGCCGAUCCUCGCCGAAUUCCUCCGCCCGGACCUAUUAAGUUGCAACCAGGUGGGCACGGCCAUCUUUGACUCAGUUUACUCCGGGGAGGAGCUUUACCGCAGAAAUGAUCUUCAGGCGGUUCUGCGACAGCCAGACAAGCUGCAUCACUGCACUGCCUGCAUCACCGCCUGCGCCGCACAACCCGCCAUCUACGCCGCCACCUCCAAGCGCGCCUCCAGGCAGCAGCUAGGCCUGGCAACGAUGGAGCUCGACCGCGUUGCUGACCGAAUUGCUGAUAGGAUCCUUGCGAGGCUGCCGGCGGGCCGGCAAGCCCGGGUGGUUCCCAAAUCCUCUGGGCAGCUUCGACUGACGGUGAUGAUUGUGUAUUUCGGCCCAUUACCACCAUGGAUGCCGAUCACGCUGCACUCCAUGGCGGAGAAUGCUGAUGUGCGCUUUGUCAUCGUUGGAGACAGCUCGGCGCCUGCGGCCACGCCCAAGAAUGUGCAUUUUGAGCACAUCACUUUCGAGGCGAUGCAGAAGAGGCUUGCCGAAAUGCUACCUCCCUCGCUCGGGCGCCAUGUUCUCUACAACGACACGUAUAAGGCUAAUGACAUCAAGCCGUUCUUACCACACCUCUACUCUCACUUGUUGCAGGGGCAAGAUUGGUGA